AUGCCGCGGCUCCGCCCAUCGCUGCUCCGGGCCGCCCACAGGCUGUCCCCCCACGCGGCGGUGCUGCUGCCCGUGUGCAGGAGCAUCCCCUCGGCUCUGAGCGAGCUGCGCUGGAUCCGCGAGCACGCCGACACCCUGCCGCAGCGCCUACUGCCCCGCGGGGAGCACAGGCGGUGGUGGGGGGCUUAUGGGGACCGCCGCGAGGAGCUGACGGCCCGCCUGUGCCGCCGCCGCGGGCGUGGCGAGCCCCUGCAGUACAUCCUGGGGACCCAGCCGUUUGGCGAGCUGGAGAUCAAGUGCCGGCCGGGGGUGCUGAUUCCGAGACCCGAGACAGAGGCCUACACCGUCCACCUAGCCGACCUGAUCCGAGGUCGCCGGUUGCACGCCCUGUCCUCCCACCCCGCCCUCCAGCCCGCAGCCCCAGCAACCGCCAACUCUGCCUGCACCCGCCACCCCCUCCGCAUCCUCGACCUCUGCACCGGCACGGGCUGCAUCCCACUUCUCCUCCUCUCGCGCCUGGGCCGGUCGCUGGGGAUAGACGUCGAGGCGCGCGGCCUGGACGUGUCGGCGUCUGCCGUCCUCCUCGCGCGCGACAACGCCGCCCACAAUCGCAGAUACCUCCUUCCCCCCACCCUUCUUCCUCUCCCAACAGGAGCAGACGGCGGCGGGGAGGAGUCAGCAUCCCCAACCUUUGCACUUGCCGACGUCUUCUGGCACGACUUCACCCUCGCGCGCUCCCUCCUCGCCCACCCAGGCGGCGGCGGCGGCGGCUGGGACGUGGUGACGUGCAACCCGCCCUACGUGUCCGAGGCCGGCUUCGCGCGCGAGACAGCCCGCAGCGUGCGCGACUUUGAGCCCAAGGCCGCCAACGUGCCUCUGUCGCCGUACCGCCAUCGUCAACGAGACGACAACGACGCCAACCGCCGCCGCCGCCCCGAGGACGUCUUCUACCCGCGCGUCCUGUACGUCGCGGCCGCGCUAGCCCGCGCCCGCGUCGUGCUGCUCGAGGUCGGCGACCUGGCGCAGGCCCGCCGCGUCGCGGGGGCUGCGCUGCGGCUGCUGCGCGGGGAGAGGUUCUGGCGGCGGCGGCGCGCCGGCGACGACGACGACGACGAUCCGGGGCUGGUGGGCGAGGGUGUGGCGGCGGUCGACGUCGAGAUCUGGCGGGACUGGCCCGACGCGUCGACGCCGGCCGGUGCGGAAGAGGUCGACCACGUCGUCGUGGACGGGGUCCGCGUCCCUGUCAGGGGCAGCGGGCACGGCAGGGCGGUGCUGGUGCAGCUUGACUACGAGCCGCGAGACUAG